AGAGAGAGAGAGAGAGGGAGAUUGUUGCCAAAGGCUUUUCAUCAAAAACACAGGAAUCAAAACACUUAACUUCUAACUGAUAUCCGAACUGCUUCUAGCCAGGUAGGUGUUCCAAAUAUUGGGCUGUUCUUAUUAUGGAUUCGAUUUUAAGGCAUGCCUAUUCUUUUCUUUCCCACACAUGCUAAUACAUUGUCCAUCUUGCCUCUCCUAAUAGCCCAUGAGUCUUGAACUUGCAGCCAGAAAAGUACUGCCUUUGUAAGGCACAAAAGAACACCAGUGGUUUUUUUUUGUUUUUUUUUUUAAAUCACACGAGGCCUGAAUAAAAAGCUCUCUGGCCAUUCAGAGGCUGCUUGCAUUGUGCAGCUGUUCCUUGACUGCUGAGAACAUCUGGCCGCUGACAAUGCAGUACCUGAAGGAAACCGUGCACAUGGCGCUAUUCGGGAGUUGCAGGACCUGGGAUUUUUGCCAGGGUCCGCUGAAAGGUCGGGGGCCCUUUUUUCUUGGUCAAACCCUGAUAAGCAUAUUGCAGCUUGUCAUUACUGUUGUUUUGCUGUUUGCCUGCCAGUAUUUGUUUCACAAUUUUAUUAUGAUGAUGUCUUCCCAACGUGCUGGCACUUAGGGACUUUUUCUUUUCCUGUUUCGGUCCCACCUCUGUGAAAUGUACAGUGAGACUUUGAUUGGUCAUAGUCUACUCCCAGUUAGCAAUACAUCACUGUGUGGACUCAGUUCCCAUGACUUUGGUUCCCUGGGACAAUGUCUCUUUCUUCACCAAGCUGAUGGUAAAUAUCUGGUCAGCCUCAUCUAUUUAAAGCCAGCCAAGCAGGAAUCCUAGUGCUGGGGAGAGGAUUCUUUUGUUUGUUUGGUGAAGUAGAGAAAUAAAGUCUCCCCGCUGAACUACUAUGAGGUCAGAAGCCUUGCUGCUAUAUUUCACACUGCUACACUUUGCUGGGGCUGGUUUCCCAGAAGAUUCUGAACCAAUCAGUAUUUCGCAUGGCAACUAUACAAAACAGUAUCCGGUGUUUGUGGGCCACAAGCCAGGACGGAACACCACACAGAGGCACAGGCUGGACAUCCAGAUGAUUAUGAUCAUGAAUAGAACCCUCUACAUUGCUGCUAGGGACCAUAUUUAUACUGUUGAUAUGGACACCUCACACACAGAAGAAAUUUAUUGUAGCAAAAAACUGACAUGGAAAUCUAGACAGGCUGAUGUAGACACAUGCAGAAUGAAGGGGAAACAUAAGGACGAGUGUCACAACUUCAUUAAAGUUCUUCUAAAGAAAAGCGAUGAUACUCUGUUUGUCUGUGGAACUAAUGCCUUCAACCCUUCCUGCAGAAACUAUAAGAUGGAUACUCUGGAACCUUUCGGGGAUGAAUUCAGUGGAAUGGCCAGAUGCCCUUACGAUGCCAAACAUGCCAACGUUGCCCUGUUUGCAGAUGGAAAACUAUACUCAGCCACAGUGACUGACUUCCUUGCCAUUGAUGCGGUCAUUUACCGGAGUCUGGGAGACAGCCCAACCCUACGGACCGUCAAGCAUGAUUCCAAAUGGCUGAAAGAACCGUACUUUGUCCAAGCAGUGGAUUAUGGAGACUACAUCUACUUCUUCUUCAGGGAAAUAGCAGUGGAGUACAACACCAUGGGAAAGGUAGUUUUUCCAAGAGUGGCUCAGGUUUGUAAGAACGACAUGGGAGGGUCCCAAAGAGUCCUGGAAAAACAGUGGACGUCUUUCCUUAAGGCUCGCCUGAACUGCUCAGUUCCCGGAGACUCUCAUUUUUAUUUUAACAUACUCCAGGCAGUCACAGAUGUGAUUCGUAUUAAUGGCCGUGAUGUUGUCCUGGCAACCUUUUCCACACCUUACAACAGCAUCCCUGGGUCUGCAGUUUGUGCCUAUGACAUGCUUGACAUCGCCACUGUGUUCACUGGGAGGUUCAAAGAACAGAAGUCUCCAGAUUCCACUUGGACACCAGUUCCUGAUGAAAGAGUGCCCAAACCCAGGCCAGGUUGCUGCGCUGGCUCAUCGUCCUUAGAAAAAUAUGCAACCUCCAAUGAGUUUCCUGAUGAUACCCUGAACUUCAUCAAAACGCACCCACUCAUGGAUGAGGCUGUGCCUUCCGUCAUCAACAGGCCAUGGUUCCUGAGGACGAUGGUCAGAUACCGCCUGACCAAAAUUGCAGUGGACAGUGCUGCUGGGCCCUAUCAGAAUCACACUGUGGUUUUCCUGGGAUCAGAGAAGGGGAUCAUCUUGAAGUUCUUGGCCAGGAUAGGAAACAGUGGUUUCCUAAAUGACAGCCUUUUCCUGGAGGAGAUGAGCGUUUACAACCCUGAAAAGUGCAGCUACGAUGGGGUAGAGGACAAGAGGAUUAUGGGCAUGCAACUAGACAAAGCCAGCAGCUCUCUGUACGUUGCAUUCUCCACCUGUGUGAUAAAGCUUCCCCUGGGCCGCUGUGAACGACACGGGAAAUGUAAAAAAACCUGUAUCGCCUCCAGAGACCCAUACUGCGGGUGGGUAAAGGAAGGAGGUUCCUGUGCCCAUCUGUCACCCAGCAGCAGACUGACUUUUGAACAGGACAUAGAACGUGGCAACACAGAUGGCCUGGGAGACUGUCACAAUUCCUUCGUGGCCCUGAAUGACAUUUCAACUCCUCUUCCAGAUCAUGAAAUGUCUUACAACACAGUAUAUGGGCACUCCAGUUCCCUCUUGCCCAGCACCACCACGUCGGAUGCAGCGGCUCAAGAGGGGUAUGAGUCUAGGGCGGGAAAGCUGGACUGGAAGGACCUGCUGCACUCACCCGACAGCACAGACUCUUUGGGGGCGGUGUCUUCCCGUAAUCACCAAGACCAGAAGGGAGUGAUUCGGGAAAGUUACCUCAAAGGCCAUGACCAGCUCGUCCCCGUCACCCUCUUGGCCAUUGCAGUCAUCCUGGCUUUUGUCAUGGGGGCCGUCUUCUCCGGCAUCAUCGUCUAUUGCGUCUGCGACCACAGGCGCAAAGACGUGUCCGCCGUGCAGCGCAAAGAGAAGGAGCUCACCCACUCGCGCCGGGGCUCCAUGAGCAGCGUCACCAAGCUCAGCGGCCUCUUUGGGGACAGCCAGUCCAAAGACCCGAAGCCGGAGGCCAUCCUCACACCACUCAUGCACAACGGCAAGCUCGCCACUCCCGGCAACACGGCCAAGAUGCUCAUCAAGGCUGAUCAGCACCACUUAGACCUGGCGGCCUUGCCCACCCCGGAGUCCACCCCAACACUGCAGCAGAAGCGGAAGCCCAGCCGCGGCAGCCGCGAGUGGGAGAGGAACCAGAACCUCAUCAAUGCGUGCACCAAGGACAUGCCCCCCAUGGGCUCCCCCGUGAUCCCCACGGACCUGCCCCUCCGGGCCUCCCCCAGCCACAUCCCCAGCGUGGUGGUCCUGCCCAUCACGCAGCAGGGCUACCCGCAUGAGUACGUGGACCAGCCCAAAAUGAGCGAGGUGGCCCAGAUGGCGCUGGAGGACCAGGCGGCCACCCUGGAGUAUAAGACCAUCAAGGAGCAUCUCAGCAGCAAGAGUCCCAACCACGGGGUGAACCUCGUGGAGAACCUGGACAGCCUGCCCCCCAAAGUCCCCCAGCGGGAGGCCUCCCUGGGCCCUCCGGGAGCCUCCCUGUCUCAGAACGGCCUGAGCAAGCGGCUGGAAAUGCACCACUCCUCCUCCUACGGCCUUGACUAUAAGAGGAGCUACCCCACGAACUCGCUCACGAGAAGCCACCAGGCCACCACUCUCAAAAGAAACAAUACUAACUGCUCCAAUUCCUCCCACCUGUCCAGAAACCAGAGCUUUGGCCGGGGAGACAACCCGCCCCCCGCCCCGCAGCGGGUGGACUCGAUCCAGGUGCACGGCGCGCCGCCCUCCGGCCAGGCCGUGACUGUUUCGCGGCAGCCCAGCCUCAAUGCCUACAACUCGCUGACGAGGUCGGGGCUGAAGCGCACACCCUCGCUAAAGCCAGACGUACCCCCCAAACCCUCCUUUGCCCCCCUUUCCACAUCCAUGAAGCCCAAUGACGCGUGUACAUAAUCCCAGGGGGAGGGGUCAGGUGUCGAACCAGCGGGAAAGGCCAGGCGCGCUCAGCUCGGCGAGGCCCUCCACUGCCUGAGUACCCACCAGACCAAGAUGGCCGCGGCGGAGCAGAGGACGCUGGGUCCCCCUCGGGGAUGCCGGGGGACUCUGGGAAAUUGGGUCACGUGGUUUGGUGAAGGUUUGCGACGCGGGACUCACCUCCAUUCUCGGACUUCACUCUCCCCGAACACCGUGCAACAGGUCGGACUCACGAAAGACUUAAAUUAUCAUCACAAACAUGAGCCAAAAGCACAUAGCCACCCACCCCCACCCCCACACGCAUGCGCGCGCGCACCCGCGCACGCGCACAGGCUCUCACACCCACGCGCGCGCGUGCACCCACCCACACACGCGCGCGCACACACACCCACACACACACACACACACACACGCGCGCGCGCGCGCACACACAGGUGAACGACUGCAACGUCUUUGUCCAUGACCGCACUGGGCGCUGCCGAACAGGGCUGGCGUUCCACCUGCAAAACACAAAUACAUUUUUAAAAAUCAUGAAAAUUCAAAAGACAAAAAAAUAAAGGAUUCAUUGAUAAUUCUAACUCAGACUUUAACAAUGGCAGAAGUUUACUAUGCUCAGAUACUGUGAAAUGCCCACCAGUGUUACAGCUUUCUGUUAUUAGCAGAUUAAUGCCAUGUUGGGCAACUAUGUCAUAGAUUUCUGCUCCUCUCUUUUAAUGAAAUAACGUGACCGUUAACGCAAGUAACUCUUUAUUUAUUGUUCACCCUUUUUUUUUCCCUUAAGGAAAGGACUCUUCCACAUACCAUCCUAUGAACAGCUCUUCAGAAAGCCCCUUGAAAGUUAAACUAUUUAACGUGAAAUCCAUUAACUGGAAUAAUUGAGUUUAUUUUUACAAUAAAUUCACUGAGUAAAUAAGUU